UUAAAAAGUGCCUUCUUAUCUCAAAAAUAAGAUAAUAAAUAAAUAAUUAAUUAUUUAUACAAAAGUAAAAGAAAAUAAAUAUAAAGCAAAAUGAAAUUAACUUAUUUCCUUGUUGGCUUAGCUUUAAUCGGUGCUGCCACUGUUUACUUAAUUACAAGAAACCCCAACGGUGAUGGUCAUCUUGAUAUGUAUUCAUUCUUAAAAUUCAAGAGAUCUUUCAAUGUUUAAUAUCACAAUGAAUCUGAGGAAUCUUACAGACUUUCUGUCUUCUUAGAAAACUUAAAGAUGAUUGAAAAGCACAAUGCUGAUUCAACUAGAACCUAUGACCAAGAAGUCAACUAAUUCGCUGAUUUAACUAUUGAAGAAUUCGAAUCUAGAUAUCUUAUGAAGUCUCUUCCUUCCUAAUUAAACAAGAACCUCGCCGUCUUAAACUUAAAUGAGACUGCUAGUCAACCUAUCGACUGGACUACUAAGAAUGUUUUACCCGGUGUUAAAAACUAAUAAUAAUGCGGUUCCUGCUGGGCUUUCUCUACUGCUGGUUUACUUGAAUCUGUUUACAACAUCCACAACAAACCUAAUACUCCUAUUUCUUUCUCUGAAUAAUAGCUUGUUGAUUGCUGUGGUGCUGAAGGUUUCGGAUGUGAAGGUUGUGGUGGUGCCUGGCCUACUGAUGCUGUUGCCUACACUUAAAAAUUCGGUAUUGUCUAAGAGAGUUAAUAUGCUUACACUGCUAAGGAUGGCAAAUGCAACAAAACUCUUGAAGGUGUUGGUUACAAGCCUUCUUAAUAAUUCUAAGUUACUGCUAGUGAUGCUGCCCUUCAAGCCGCUCUCUAGAAUUAACCUAUCUCUAUCUGCGUUGAUGCCUCCUAAUGGUCUUCUUAUGCUUCGGGUGUUUUCCCUUAAAGCAAGUGCAGUUCUGAUCCCAACGCAGCUGAUCAUGCUGUUUUACUUGUUGGUUACAAUGCUAAUGGUACUUGGAAGGUUAGAAACUCUUGGGGUACUUCUUGGGGUGUAGGUGGUUACAUCACACUUGCUGCUGGUAAUACUUGCGGUCUUGAAAACUAUGCAAUUUAUGCCACAUAUUGA